AUGUCAGGGCCGUCGUCCCGGCGUCGUCCGGGCCUUUUGUAUACUGCGCCUGCUUUUGGGUUAUCUUUGCUUUUCUUGUGGUUCUGGAUCGGUAGGCAUCAUGAGCAGCCAGUUGUCUACCCUCCCCCGAGGCCGAUCAAUAAUGCGCCCGAGAAGGAGAUGAUUAGGGAAGAUUGGGAUUUUGUCCGAGACGCAAGAAAUUUUCUGAUGACUGAUGCGCGGUGCGAUGAAGCGUUUCCAGAGCUGUUCAAGGAGAUAGACCGGGCUGUGGAAGUACGGAAGAACGAUCAUGUCACCCUGAAAGAGCUGGACGAAAUAGUGAAAGUCAAGGGUUACAUGCGAGCUAUGAUUUAUGACCAACAGCUCUACGUUCUCGACGCGGCAGCGUUAGCGAUCAACUUGCGCGAGCAAGCUACACUUCACGCCAUCCACCGCGCAAUCGUUACCUCCCCCGAACCCCUCCCAAACAUCGAGUUCGUAUUCAUGUCUGACGACAUCGCAGCCGGCACCCCAGAGGCAAAAUGGUCAUACUCGCGGCAAUUGAACGAGACCUACAACUGGCUGAUGCCCGACUUUGGGUACUGGUCCUGGCCAGAGCCCAAAAUCGGUUCAUACCUCGAAGUACAGAUGAAAGCGACCGCAAUGGACACCAAGCUGGCAUGGCGGAAGAAAACCAACAAGCUGAUAUGGCGAGGCGCAAGCAUGGAGCUUCUGGUGCGAGAACAACUCGUCAACGUUUCACGCGGACACGAAUGGGGGGACGUCAAGAUCUUUAGCUGGGAAGAGGAGGGCCCCAAGCCAGAAAGCAAGGAAAUCCUCACCAUGGAUGAGCACUGCGCCUACAAAUACGUCGCGCACACCGAAGGCAUCUCGUACUCCGCGCGCCUGCAAAACCUGCAGAACUGCAACAGCGUCAUCGUCUCGCACCAGCUCAAGUGGCUGCAGCACCACCACCACCUCAUGGUCUCUUCCGGCCCGGACCAGAACUUCGUCGAGGUGGCGGCGGAUUUCAGCAAUCUGCCGGAAACGAUGGAGCGCUUGUUGAAGAAUGAUGCGGACUCGGAACGCAUCGCGGGGAAUAAUGUGAGGACGUUUCGAGAGCAUUAUUUGACGCCGGCGGCGGAGACGUGUUAUUGGCGGAAGCUGUUUAGGGGGUAUGCGAGCGUCAGCUUUGAGCCGGAGUUCUUUGAUGCGAAGGGGAAGUGGAGGGGCUUGCCGAUGGAGAGCUAUGUACUGGAGAGGAAGCUGACUUGGAACCCUCAUUAG